AUGGCAGGGCCUGUUGGAGCGAUCAUCAAGCAUGGCGAAAGUUGGCUCGUCUUGGAAAUCACAAACAUGAUGCAAAUCGCACUACCAACGCGACAGAAUGGGCAAUCAAGUACAUGGAUGGUUGCAUUCCCAACAACUUGCGCAGUCACCAAGGGUAUCGGGGAAGGGGGAGAACGAUUUGGACGAGCUGCACGGGCCUCGCACGUGGUAGCGGGCACUAAGAUGACGCCAAUGGCCGAACGUUGGCCCGAGCUAGACUUUUGUUCACUCCCGCGUGAGCAGUCCCUGGUUGCUGGUUCCACUUGUGCCUAUCUCGUGAUUGCGCAGUCAAGAUUGCCCAAUAACCAUAAAGGAUGUGUACGGCUUUGCGGCACACGAGGCGGAAACAUAGUGCUCGGACUCCUAUUUGAAAAAAGCAAGUGCACCGUGCCGGACAAUUAUGGCAUGCCUAUGUCGGAUUGGCACGUACCCUGUUGUCGAUUCAUGCACACGUUCCGCGCAAGCACCCAGCUGCAUUGA